AUGAUAGUACACACGAUGAGCGCGUUAUACGUUUUUAUCUUCAUUUUCCUUUGGAUAUCAUUGUCAGGUGCAAUUUCUAAUGUGGAACAUAUAAAGAACAAAUGUAAAGGAAGAUGCGGCUCGAAUUUGAUACAGUCCAGCGAAGGAAGCUUGCUCUUUUGUGAUGAAGAUUGUGGCAGAAAACUGUGUCAAGAUGGAUGCACCCGAUACCAAGAUGCACUAUCAUCAAGCUGUCAGGUGGCUUGCACUAAGCAAAUUCCUCAGGACCAGGCCAGUGGAAAUGAAGCCGAAACACAAACACAGAGGCAGUACUGUAUUCAAGGCUGUUUGAGUGCCCUAGGUUACUAUGGUGACAGUGUUGCAAGACAGUUGGGGACACUGCCAAAACCAACUCUCAAAAGAUCCAGCAUAAAUUAUUCCUCCAUCGUGCUACAAUGGACCAAUCGGAAGCUGGAAAAAGUCACCUACCUGAUAUACAGGAAAAUACUGGAUAUACCACAAGUGAACAGUGAUUGGCAAAUCCAUAACUCAUCCCGAUUUGAGGGCAACUCCAUAUCUAUCUACAACCUCCACCCCUAUGUCACGUAUAAGUUCAAAGUUUUGGUUGUGAUCAGUCCACAGACUGAGGAUUUUGUAAUGUCACCAGAGUCAUUCCCCAUCACCACUGUAGCCCAUGGAGUACCAGCAAGUGCCCCAAAGAUCAGGAGUCUGUCUGCCCCAUCCCCAUCAGUUAUCUCUAUUGCCUGGGACCGCCCAGCUUACACUAAUGGCGACAUUGUAGCCUACAAGAUCACCAUCGACCCAGUGGGCCACCCGAGUCUACGGCGGAUGACGAAAGACAUCCUUGGUGAUGUGCGGUCAUGGACAGUGGGACAACUUCAGCCUUCACAAAAAUAUGUUGUCACCGUUGCUGCUUCCAACAGAGUGGGAGAAGGCCCCCCGGAUGUCGGACAGAUCCGAACUCCUAACCCCGUAUCAGCCAAUGAGACGCCAUUCCUCAUCCUGGGCUCAGCCAAUCGGGUGCUGAAGCAGAACUUAAUUAAUAUAAUGAGUCUGGCUGACACCAUCCUUGAGGAAGAAAACAAGAGCAAUGUCAUAACAGGAACGGAAACAGUGUAUGAAAGUCAGUCGGGUGACAUUGAAGGUGUUGGGAUCCACAUCCGCAGGCAGCUGUUCAUUGUAAGUGACAGCAAUGAAACUGUACAGCAAAUCUCGUUAUCAGCGGACACCGUGAGGAAAAACAUGUAUCCCAGCAUCCUCAAGCCAACAGUCAUCAGUGUUGAUUGGCUGAAUGAUCGGGUUUAUAUUCUCAGUAGAAAUCGGGUAUUUGGGUGUCCACUUGCCCGAGAUGAUUGUAUAGUGGUUGUUGACAGCUUGCCAGUGCCCCCUGGUGACCUAAAGGUGGAUCCUGUGAACGGAUUUCUUUAUUUUACCCAAGACGGAGAGGGCAAAGGUUUAUAUCGUAUUGAUCUUGCAGACAUAAGUCCGAAGCGACGUGUUCAACCAACCCAAAUUGUUACUAUCAACCAUCUGAAAGCUUUCAUGAUUGACUUUGAGACAGUCCGUCUCUAUUUCCCCAACCACACAAGGAACACCAUGCUAUCCUCCUUCGUAGAUGGGUCCGAUAUUCAGGAUAUUCGACCCAAUGUGAUUAUGCCAAACUAUAAACACAUCAUCAGUCUCACGGGCUACGAUAAUCGUUUCUACUGGACCAAUGGCUCAGAGAUGAUGAGUGAAGAAUUUGAUCCGAGAUUUGAAAAGUAUCGACAUAAUGAGCUGCUGUUCUUCGACAAGUACUACAGAGGACUGAACAUGUACCACCCCCGGAUGCAGCCAACACCAGUUCCUCAUGCAGCACCUAUGAACCUCCAAGCUUUAUUUGAACCAACAGAAGUACACAUUAAAUGGGACCCACCGCCAUUGCUGCAAUAUCAAGGUCGUGGAGCGUGGAACCAGUGGGACUAUGAGUUGUCCUUGUUUGAUGUGGAGGACAGGGACAACACAGAACAGUCCAUCAAUGCUACAGGGAACUCUAUCAUGGUGCAGAAUCUCCAGCCUGACACUCGUUACAACAUCCGGGUCAGAGCAGUUUCUGAAUCUGGACUGGGACCCUGGUCUGAAAUUUUCAUUGGAAGGACUCUUAAAGCAGAAAAGAUACCAGUUCGUGUUUUAAUGAGUAUGCCCGGGAGGAUAAUUGAGACCGAUCUAUCCGACAACACCAAUCAGACAUUGGUCAACACAACUUCUGCAAAAGACAUAGCCUGGCAUAACAACAUGCUCAUGUGGGUAUCCAAAGAUGGUGGCUAUGUCCAAAUCCUGGACCACACAAAGCAGAUACGGACAAAUAUGGCCCAGACUGGUGAAGCUUCCUGUCUUGAGUAUGACUGGUUUGGCAAGAAGAUAUUCUGGUCCGAGUAUCAGCCGGCAGUGAUCAAGAGGUCCGACAUCAACAGUAUGUCCAGCGACUUCAUAUACCAGGCAACUGCUCGCGACAUGGCUAUUGACUCCGCUGCUGGGAGACUCUACUGGGCCACAGGCAACACCGUCGAAUCCACAUUCCUCAAUGGCGAGGAUCAUGUUGUCAUAGACUCAGUGCCAUUCUUCCAGGGUAAACAAAUCAUCAGCCUUGUCAUCAAUCUGGACUUAAAGAAGGUCCUGUGGUACAUCAAGGCCUUUGAGAACCAGGAUCUGUAUAUGGCUGACCUCAUCAGUGCCGAGGGGUCCCUUGCCAUGGAUGUCGAACCAGUGUCAGGGAAAUGGGAGACUUCAAAAGCAUCUCAACCAUCCAUCAAGGUGGUGGGGCCAUCAUACAAUUUCAACCUGACCUGGGACCAGGCCCACAAUGUCACAUACGGGAAGGUCUUUUACAAGGUCUACAUUCAGAUUGCUCACAGAUCCACACAUAUCAUAACAUCCAAGACGUGGCACCCAAUAGAAGGCCUGUCUCCCUACACCCAGAUGACCGUGUCCAUACAGCCCUACACCUACUGGGGGUACACCGAGGCCUCCACUGUGUCCAUCAGAUCCCCCAUGGCAGUUCCAACUGCACCGCUGACUCCAAGGGUGUACAUCACCCAGCCCAACAAGAACAACUCCACCUCCCAGCUGAUGCUGGCUGCAGACUUCCGCUUCCAACCCCACGCCAUGCGUGGCGUCCUGAGCCACCAUUUUGUCUUUUACUGGGAAGGGGACAGUGCAGUCAAACAUGAGGCUCGUGUUGGUGGCGUCUUGAGACACUUCAUUCUCAACAACCUUCUUGACAACAAGAGUUACUUCUUUCAGGUUAAAGGUUGCACAGAAGCAGGAUGUGGUGACCUAUCAGAAAUAGUAUCUGCUGUUACUGAUGUGGUGAAUCCUGUUCCUCGCCUGCUGAUUGCGACCAAGUCAUCAGUCUCUGUGUCAGAAAUGGAUGGCCAUCUUAACUCCACGAUCCUCCUACCAGAGAUCUCACCCACAGCCAUGACAUUUCUGGCACAAGAUGUCCGCAUGUUCUGGAUCGAGAAGAAGACAUCUCUCUAUGUGUCCCAGAACUCCACAAACUCAGCACUCAUCAAACUGGAUGGUGUAGGAAAGGACAUGAGCAUUGACUGGAUCAGUCGGACUCUGUAUGUAGUGGAGGAGAUGGGAGACCUGAACAGAAUCAUGGCAUUUGAUAUCGACAAGAAGAUGUACGGGGAGAUUAUGAACAGAUCUGUAUCUGUGGGCAGUGUUUUGUCAGACCCUUACACAAGCUCCCUCUUCUGGACUGAGAAUGACUCUUCCAAUCAAGGUCACAUUUUCCACAAACACUUCAACAGCAAUACCGUGUCAGACCUUCUUGGUGGUGAAAGACGUUCUCGGAGGUCCACCGACAACUGCACUUGCUCAGAUAGACUCAGUGUCUCACCUGUUGUUGCUAUGGACUACUCGAGCAGUGGAAGGACAGAGAUAGUGUUCAUCGACAUGCCAACAUACAGCAUCAUGGCUACUGAUGUGGCUGGAUGUCAGUGUCGGGUUAUCUUCAGAGCAACAGCCUCAAACACAAGGGGCCUGCCCCCAAGUCUGCUGGCUGUGGAUCACCUCCGAGUGUAUUGGUACAACAAGGACAACAGUAAGCUGUACAGUGUCAACAAGAACACAGGACGGGACUUCAUCCAGCAGAGCAUCCCAGACGUCCAGGACAUAGUGGCUUAUGGAGACCAUUUGCAGCCCUUGCCGGACUCAGAUUGCCUUGACCCUGGUAAGUACAGUGGCAAGGUCGCUGUGGAGGAGGUGACUGACAAGUCCAUUGGCCUGCUUCUGGACGCUGUGACUCGUCCCAAACACUGUAAGGGCAUCAGUACUCCCCAGGACAAGUACACUGCUUGGUACAAGCAGCUGAAGGACAGGAAGGACACCCCACACACUGACUGUAGAACUGAGAGUGAAUCCUGCCAGAAAGUGGAGUCAUAUGACCGGUUUGUGAACAUCACGGGGCUGGAGCCGUACACCAAGUACCUGUUCCAGGUGACCAUAAGUAACUACUACACAGAGUACCUGGCGGAGACAGCAGGCAAGGAGGUUGUGCAGAGGACGAAGCAAGGAGUGCCAUCACCAGCUCAGAAUGUCACUGCCUUCAUAGUCAAUCCCAGAAUAAUCCGUAUUGAGUGGACCCCUUUGAAGCUGAAUGGACCACUACAAAAUAUUUCUUACGUGGUGAAGUGGUCAACCUUGAACUCCAAAGGCCACAACUUGGAAGGUCAGACCCGCCCUUCUGAUGUUCGUGCAUCAGACUCUCUCACAACCACUGACCAAACCACCGUGACAGACCUGUCUCCAAGUCAUACCUAUACUUUCACAGUGAGGGCAUAUGGGGCUGACAAGAUGUCAUACAGCGAAACCAAACCAUUGACAGUAACAACCUACAUGGACCCAUACCCCAUCACCCUGAAGCAGUCGUACCCCAAUGCUUUAGAAAUAGAGUGGCUGAGUCCUUCUGACAACAGUGUUGCCCGUCACACCUUCUGGUGCUCUACGAAAAAGGGUUCGGAAGGACGGAGUACUCCGAUGAUAACUACGAAGAACAACACGAAGUACACGGAGCUGAUCCCUCACCUGGACACCAACACCGAGUACACCUUCGAGAUCAGGACCAUGUACAAGACUCCACCCUUUCAGUUCUACUCCUGGCCAGGACAUAACUCACUCACGUUUAAAACACUCACUGAUGUCCCAGACCAGCCAGAUCCCCCAGUAGAGCAGGAGUACAAGACACAAGUGUUUGAAAUCCUGUGGGAAGAACCACAUGACAAUGGUGAACCCAUCUCCAACUACAUCCUGGAAUACAGUCAAAUUGCUGAUGGAGAGUGGACCCAGGUGUACAAUGGUUCUGACCCCAGGUGGGUUGUGGAUGAACACGUUCUGGAACCGGGACAGAGGUAUCUCUUCCGUGUAGCGGCUGAAAACAAGAACGGCUUGAGCCCCUUCAGUGACAACAGUUCAGUGUUUGCCACACCUAUUGUGAUCAUGGACAACAGCUUGAACGGGGAGACCACUCGUAUUGUGAUUGCUGUCGUCAUUUCCUUUGUGCUUGUGGUGGCUAUCAUCAUCAUCAUCGCUCUCUGCUUCUUCAUGAGACGGCGGAAGGAAGAGAGGAAGAAGACGAGGCAGUUCAUCAGCAUGUACCGAGUACCGGACAUGGAGCUGGCCACACUCAGGGAGCUGCCGCACACCACCGUCCAACAGAGCAACACCCUCUACGCCAUCAACAUCACACCCACAGCGGAGGACAUAGAAGCCCUGCCACAUUUCAUGCGGGACCAGCUGACUCUUACAAAGUUCCUUGGUAGUGGAGCAUUUGGGGAAGUGUUCAUGGGUGUGGCUCGAGAUAUUCUCAGUGACUCCUCUGGUGAUACUAAAGUUGCAGUAAAGACUCUGCGCAAGUCGGCAUCAGAGCAUGAGAAGGAGGAGUUCUUGAAGGAGGCACUAUUGAUGAGUAAUUUCCGCCACGCCCACAUCCUCAGUCUUCUGGGCGUGUGUCUGGACAACGACCCUCAGUUCAUCAUCAUGGAGUUGAUGGAAGGAGGGGACUUGCUGUCCUUCCUCAGAGGCUGCCGUGCUACAACUGCAUCUCCGGCUAAGCUGCUCCUGCCAGACCUGGUCAAGGUGUGUGUCCAUGUAGCCCGAGGUUGUAAAUACCUGGAAGAAAUGCAUUUUGUUCACAGAGAUUUAGCAGCCAGGAAUUGUCUAGUUUCUAAAAAGGACCCUUCAGAAAUGGUCAUUAAGAUUGGUGACUUUGGUCUUGCUCGAGACAUAUACAAGAAUGACUACUAUCGUAAGGAAGGGGAGGGUCUACUUCCUGUCCGCUGGAUGUCCCCAGAGUCCCUGGUUGAUGGCGUGUUCACCACUCCAUCUGAUAUAUGGGCAUUCGGUGUAUUGAUGUGGGAGGUGGUGACACUAGGGCAACAACCCUACCCUGCACGCACCAACAUUGAGGUGCUUCACUUCGUCAGGGCGGGUGGCAAGCUGGAACGCCCAGAAAAAUGUGCUGACGAAAUGUUCGGGUUGAUGCAGAAGUGUUGGAGUUUCUCUGCAGAAGACCGUCCAUCAUUCUCGUACAUCCUGCGGGGACUGGAGGAGUUCCAGGAACAGUGUAACAACAUGUCGGAUGAGGAGAUUGCUCUCCGCUCACCCACGCACCUUGAUGGGGGUGGGUCCCUGCCUCUGAGUCCAACAAGCAGGAGAAACAAGCGCAUGACCUUAUUAGGUGGAGCUGAGGCUACAGACAAGUUGACUGUAGACCUGUCGACAGCCAACCCUAUGAAGCGCACAUCAUCCCUUGAUUCCAAAUGUUCCUCUGUCGAUGACCCACGUGUGUCUUACUCUCAGAUCCAGCGGCAACGAGCUUCCGAGAUCGAUGCUUUGGGCUACCUCCAACCCCGUUCCAAAGACAUGCCAAAGUACCUGGAACUCAUUAACUGUGCACCAGAGUUCGGCAUCCUCCAGCCAGUCCCUAUACGACCUUCACCUCAGUCUCAAACUCCCAGCAUUCCUAGCAGCUCUUCCAGCCCCACAACUCCUACAGUUAAUUACACAAUGAUGAAUGGCAAUUACCUUAUUCCCUCACCACCGUAUGGUGAUUCUCCUCCACCUCCCUUCACUAAAGAUAACAACAUGAACAUACCACCCAAUCGUACACCCCCUCCAAUGUAUGGCAACCCCCUUCCAAAUUAUGGGGUUGUGUCAGUUUUAAGGAACACGGACAAGCCCCCUCCAUAUCAGUCCACAAAAGAAGUCUCACUCAGAUUGCAGGAGACGGCAUCUCAGAAUGGAAGGAAGUGUAAGGUGGAUCCCAGCCAUUCAGACAAAGAUCUAUACUCCAGCCCCACGUAUGAGAGGCACUUAUCAGACUCUUCUUCCAACUCAGAGUCCGGGUAUUACUGUGUGGAGUGUUUGAACAAUAGCCGCUCCUCAGCAUUCCGAAAUGAGAAGUCAGUGCCAACAUACUCCCGUGUCAAUGAAUCCGGUUUCAACAGUCCCCCGCCCAACUACACCUUCUGGGCAAACAACAACACGGAGAGGAACUAUUCGGGGAACAUUCCCGCUCACAAGGACAUCUAUGGGUGUCCACCAGAAUACAUUAAUGUCCAUGGGCAAGGGAGGACCUCUCGGAAUCAGGUUUUCCCUGAACACGGGGCUGUGUUAGCUGGAUUUGACAUUGCUCAAGCCAGUCUUGUCUAGCUGUGUGUUGUGAUGAGCUGAUUGCAGACAGUAUUGGCUUUAACAGAUCAAGUUGUGGUGAAAUAAUACUAUUGUGCAAUGGUUAUAUAAGUAUUCAUGCAGCUGGAUUAUGAGGUAACUGUGUGGCACAUGAACAUGCCAGUGUAUAACAACCAUAAUGCAAGUGUGCAAUAACAGGUUCAUAGUCUCCACCAGUUGAAUAUUCACAGGAUGAUAUUCAUAAUAGACGUCAAACAUGUAUCUUCUAAACUGCCAGGCAGUUACGGACUACAAGAUACGACAGUGCCAUAUUGGGGCCUGCUUGUUGUUUAAAAGAAAUUCAGUUUUUAACUAUGAAAUAGUAGACUGACUUUAUUGUGAAUCUAGUAUACACGAUGGCAUAUAUUAACCAAGUGUGAAGUCUGUUCCUGUUUGUGUUUUUAAACUAGAAGUGGAACCUGACAAUAAUGAUGGCUACCAUGUUAUGUUGUUUGUUGUGCAAGGUCAGCACAUCCUACGAGCUAAUACCAAUGUUGCUUGUUGAAUUAUUUCCGUGUGUGUUGCUAGUUUAGUGGAGUGAGUGACAACGAUGAUGCUGCUGCUUGUUGAUGUCGUUGCUCCCAGCCCUGAAGAAGGCAGCUGUAAAGUAGCUCUGUGUUUCUGGCCGUGGGUUUUUGCAGUGCUCCAUGUACCCCCAAAUAUCACCUAAAACUCAAAACCUUCCUGUCCUUUAAUCUUAAAAUUAUUAAAAAUAGCC